CUCCCCAGCCCUCCAAUUGGAUGCAGAGAGCGCGCUUGAUCAAUGUGUUGAUGUGAUCUGGACAGUGAACGCACCACGCCUGUACUUUCAGUAUGGCGGCUCGGACUCACGGAGAACAACUUCUUCCAGGUUCCUUCCACAAAAUUGUCGGACGACGACGGCUGUAACGCGCGCCGGCUGCGGCAAACGGAAGCCGGGCUGCCGUGGACGACGACCGUCUACGUAUUGACCUUCACUGACAUUUUCUGGGAUAGAAUCGCCUCGGUGUGAUGCGCCAGGAGCCGCAGUCAAGAAACUCCCGAUUUUUUCCGCUCCGCCUGUCAGUUAGCCGGCUAGCUGCGGGCUAGCUCACCUUGAUGCUAACGUUCGGUUGCGGGGCUCUCAAUUGGAAGACGCCCGAAAGCUUUCGGGUUUUACCCGCUUUAUGGGGGAGUGAUGGCAUAUCGCGUCCACCCGGUAAGCGAACUCGUCGAGGAGGGCAGGGAGAGAACGUACGAGAACCCGAAUGAUAACUUUGUCGGUACUCAUUAGCCUAGCCUAGCUCGCAGGUCUGCCGCUGGCCGUGAGUUAGCGCUUCCCCCUGUCCACUCGCUAGCUUGUUAGCAUCUAAAUGCACAGUACUGUCCGUAAAUCUAUCCCCUGUCCCGGCUGAGAGUUUCGGAGCAGCCGUCGAGGCCGCGUUGGUGCUUAAUGUUGACCGGUGAUGUUUCGUAACUCAGGAGGUAAUUGUAGCUAAGCAUCAUAGCGAUCAGCUAGGUGUUGUGUUUGUGGGGGAUCCGUGACGUUUGUGGGCUCGGUAAGGUUCUCCGUUCCAGGACAUCAGGGUCAUGAAUUCUGACAAACUGUAACAAACGCAGAGGAGACGACGGGCAUCUGACCGUUCAGUGUCUGUGUGCUGAAGUGCUCACGUGAGGGUUUGUAUUUGUGCGCGCGCUUAUCGGCAAGUUUAAACCCCGCAGUUCAAAAGCGCGCACACCGUGGUUGACCUACAAUCCGAAUAUUGACCUGUUGCUGGUUCGAGGAGGGAAAGUUCCGGUUCUGCUGGUCACCGCUUCCGGUCCACGGAUCCAUUUGAUGGACGUGAGUGGCUGCUUGCCAGCCCGUCCGAGCUGCUGUCAGUCAUGUUGGUCUUGACACAUGGCACCUCGGUCUGUACAUAGUACUGGCUGUCAAAUAGAAGUCGUUAUGUAGCUUCAGUGGACAGCCAGCGGAAGGAAUGUCUCGUCUUUUUAUACACGUGGAUUUGUUUUUUUAAUUUAAGCUUUUUGGGGGGGUCUUACUUCAAAUUCGUGAAGCUGUGAGACCCAAGUGGACAAUGCAUAUCAGCUAGUGCCUACAAGUAGAAAGGACUCAGCAUUCUGCCUACUUAGAGGACACUUAUAUUUUGGAUUAUUUGUUAGGGAUUGCCACAAUAACCCGCCAACCUGGAUCAAGAAAACCUGUCCCUUGCAUCUGGUUGGAGUAACACUCUAAAGCCAAAAUCAAUGCCUUCAGCGCUGGCUGUGUUCGCCUGCCGACCCAACUCGCACCCAUUCCAGGAGCGGCAUGUGUACCUGGACGAGCCGGUUAAAAUCGGCAGGUCGGUGGCUCGGUGCCGCCCUGCCCAGAACAACGCCACCUUCGACUGCAAGGUGCUGUCCAGAAAUCAUGCUCUUAUUUGGUUUGACCACAAGACUUGCAAGUUCUACCUGCAGGACACUAAAAGUAGCAAUGGGACGUUCGUCAACAGCCAGAGGCUGAGCCGAGGCUCAGAGGAGAGUCCGCCCUGUGAGGUCCUGUCCGGGGACAUCAUUCAGUUUGGCGUCGACGUCACUGAGAACACCCGCAAAGUAACCCAUGGCUGCAUCGUGUCAACUAUCAAACUCUUCCUACCUGAUGGGAUGGAGGCUCGGCAAAGAAGCGAGUAAGCCGCCUUUUUUUCAUUUAACAAUCCUUUAUACACCCCAUGUUUGUGUGACGCAGACUGUGUUUGCCAGGAG